CGUUCAAGUUGGUGACAUUGUUUAACCUCACUUUUUCAAAAAUGGACGAAGUAAAAUUGCGGUGUGAAUUAGGUGUUUUAACUCGUCCAGAUGGUUCAGUCUUGUUUUCAGAAGGUGAGACGACAGUUGUCGCAGGAAUCUAUGGACCAGUCGAAAGCAAAAUUAAUAAAACUUUGGUUGAAAAAGCUUGUGUAGAAGCAUAUUUUAGACCAAAAUCGGGAUUACCUGGAGUGAAAGAUAGGUUAAAUGAAUCGAUGAUUAGAAAUGUGUGUGAGGCAGUCAUUGCUGUAGCCCUUUUCCCUCGAACUGCUGUAGUUGUUGUUGUACAAGAAAUGCAAAAUAAUGGACAGUUAAUUUCAUGUGCUUUAAAUGCCACCUGUCUAGCAUUAUUAAAUUCAGGAAUUGACAUGAAAUGUAUGUAUGCGGCUGUAACGUGUUUUCUAGACAGGUCUGAUUCCAUUGUUCUUAUUCCACCUGCUGAUGAAAGAGAAAUAAAAGGUUCCUUCAUGUUUGUUUUUGACAGUGUAGAAAAGACCAUUUUAGCAUCCCACACCGAAGGUUCAUUUAGUAUUGAUCAAUACAAAGACGCUCUUAGUUUAUGUAGAGAAGAAAGCACCAAUAUAUUUAACUUUUUUAAAAAAGCAUUGACAAUAAAGUGAUUUUUAAGUA